UCCACAUGUCCUCAGCUGUAUCCCGGGUUUCUGCUCUUCUAUCACAGCCUGGAGCAGCACCAUGGUUCCUACUCAGGACGGCUGGCAGAAUAAAGCUCUGCAGGAUUUGCUUCCAAUAACACCGAGUCCACAUCUUUGCUUUUACUACACAUGUCCACAGCCCGCCGCCGGGAGAAGCUGUUCACUUCACCCCUGAGAGGAGACUCAGAGGAUGAGAGAGUCGGGCGGAACAGGACUGCUCCCUCUUCUGACUUUUCACCAAACUACCUUUUUAUUUCUGAACAUUUCUGCGCUUUAUUACCAUGACGGCCUGGCAGAGGGCAUCAGGGCUUUAGGAUGAACGUGGUGAAGCGAGUCUGUCUUCUGCUCAGCUGCUGGACUCUGGUUUUUCUGCAUCCCGUCCUCGGUUCCCUCAGCAGACCGACAGGAGGGAGAACCGGCAGAGCACCAGCCGCAGGAAGGCAACCGGUGCUCGGGACGUGGAAACCGUCCCCGGUGAGUCCCGCGAGGAUUACGCGGAUCCGUGCAGGUCCUCCGCUAAUAAAAGGAGAGACGACUGGUAUAAAAAGCAAACUUCCUCCUGCAUCCUCGCCUCCCCGCAGUGCAGUGGUGACGGUGAACCGCGCGGGCAGCCCGGUGCGUAAAGAGCCCGUGCGUAAAGCUCCUGCAGCUCUGAGCGCACGUGCAGCAGGGAAAGGAGUCGGGACUGUUGUCGGGGCUGCUGGUGGCUCACCGGGGAAAAAGGUGGGGAAGGUUUCUGCUCCUCCGGUUCGCACCGGGGCUCCACAGAGAGCCGUCCAGAGCCCGGUGCACAGACAGCCGCUGGUCACCCCGCACGACUACAUGCUGUCUCUGUACUGGUCCCUCUCCACCGGGGAUCUGAACAGCAGCGCGCUGCAUGAGGCCGGUCUGGCCAACACCAUCACCAGUUUCGUGGACAGAGGACAAGAUGAGCGAGGGCCCCAGCUGAGGCGGCAGAGGUAUCACUUCAACGUCAGCUCUCUGGAUCGAGACGGGCUCCUGGGGGCCGAACUACGCGUCCUGAGGAAGCGCCCGUCUGACCCCCGCAGGGCCUCCCCGGGAUCCCCGGCCGCCGACGGAGGGGGCGGGGGAUCGUCGUCCCCGUGCCUGAAGCUGUACACCUGUGCCUCAGGUAAACAAGCAGCCGUCCUGCUGCAGACCAAGACCUCGGAGGACCUGCUCGGCGGAGGCGGGUUCGGCAACAAGUGGGAAGUGUUCGACGCCUGGAAGGUCUUCAAGGGCUUCAAAACCCAGCAGAACCAGCACUUCCAGCAGCUGUGCUUUGAACUGGAGGCGCUGGAGCACAGAGGCGGUCGCCCCCUCGACCUGCGCUCGCUCGGGUUCGCCCGACCCGGCCGGACCAACAAGGAAAAGGCCUUCUUCCUGGCGUUCGGCAAAAGCAAGAAGCGAGAUCUUUUCUACAACGAGAUCAAGGCGCGGUCGGGCCACGACAACAAGACCGUCUACGAGUACCUGGUCACGCAGCGGAGAAUGCGCCGGGCUCCAGUCGUAAGGGGGGCUAAAAAAAACCUGCAGCAGCACCCGCCUCCGCAGACCCUCCCCCAGAACCAGCUGGUGAAGCCGCAGACGAGGCCGCGCUGCCACCGGAGACGACUCCACGUGAACUUUAAAGAGAUGGGCUGGGACGACUGGAUCAUCGCGCCGCUGGAGUACGAGGCCUUCCACUGCGGCGGCGUCUGCGACUUCCCCAUCCGCUCGCACCUGGAGCCCACCAACCACGCCAUCAUUCAGACCCUCAUGAACUCCAUGGACCCGGAGUCCACGCCGCCGACCUGCUGCGUCCCGACGCGACUCAGCCCGAUCAGCAUACUGUACAUUGACUCGGCCAAUAACGUCGUCUACAAACAGUAUGAGGACAUGGUGGUGGAGUCGUGUGGCUGCAGGUAGCAGAGACAAAGACUCUGGAGGAAAGUCUGAUCGAACUGGGACCGUAACUCUCUGCUCUGCAACAGACUUUCCUCUUCAGACUCAAGUGGACUUGGUCUGCAUACCACAGACGGCUCUCACUGCUCAAGACUAAACAGAGAGAGACACACUGAUGGAGGUGAUGCUCUUUAACACCCACCCGAUGAAACUUGUGUACGCCAGAAACAACCCUUUGGAUUUGCUCUCACGUUGGGCUCUUUUGUUUUUCAGAUGUAUGUCUUGGUUCUGAUUGGUGUACAAAGUCUGCGUGUAACAGAAAUGCUAUUGAAAUAUUAUACUCAGAAAUGCCCUUUCUUCCAGCACUUAUUUGCCAGUGUGACUUUUCCCGUUCACAUGAACAAUGAGGAGUAUUUUUGUGCGUCUUAUCCGAGAGUUUUUCUACGAAGCAUGUAAAGAAUUUCUGAUGUAUAAAUACAGGCCAGUGAUGAAGUGCUGAUCUGACCUGCUCCAAAUGUGGGAAAGUUGCAUAAACUACUCUUCAAUAAAAAAUGUCUAAUUGACUGAGUUCCAAA